AUGGAGGUUACUUCGGAAAACCAAAAUUCAUUGAUAUUGGAAGGAUUAUCGAACUGGAUGUCUUGGAAGUUUCAAAUUCGUGUCAUAUUAAAAGCACAAGGAAUAUUUGGAGUUGUAAACGGAUCCGAUUUAAAUGAUGGAAAAGAUAAAAAAUGGCAGACACGUGACGCAAAGGCACAAUCUAUAAUUGUAACAAGACUGAACAAUAAAAAUAUUUUACAAGUGUCAAACUGUGAGACUGCUCAACAAAUAUGGGAAAAAUUGUGUUCAAUAUAUGAAUCAAAAUCAGAGACGUCAUUACACAUAUUGCAACAAAAAUUUUUUGAAAGCCAAUAUAUUAAAAACGAGGAAAUAUCAUUAUAUAUAGCAAAGUUAGAAGAAUUGGCAAACAGAAUAAAUCAAGCAGGUGGAAAUAUACCCGAAUCUAUGCUCAUCACUAAAAUUAUUAGUUCUUUGCCAGAAAAUUUUAGACAUUUCAUUUCAGCUUGGGAUUCAGUUCCUAUGGCAGACAGAAAAUUAUCUGAAUUAAUAUCCAGACUGAUGCUAGAAGAGCAACGUAACAAUGAUUAUGAGGAGAAAAUGGCUUUAUCUACACAAUCAAGAAACAGUGAAAGAAAAUGUUUUAAAUGUCAACAAGUUGGACAUUAUAAAAAAGACUGUACGAAAAACAUGAACAAUUUUAACAGUGGUAAAAAUUAUAAACAGUGUAAAAUAUGUAAAAAGUUCAAUCAUAAAGAAAAAGACUGUUGGUUUAGAAAUAAAAAGAAUUCUUACCAAAAAGGUGACAAUGUAAAAGAGUUUGGUAAAUUUGUUGGUUAUGGAGAAACAAGCAAAGGAUAUAGAGUAUACUUACCAAAGAAAAAUGAUGUAGAAUUAAAAAGAGAAAUUGUAGUAAUUAAAAGUAAGUAUCAGACACAUAAUAAUAAAAAUAAAGAAAUAUAUGAAGAAAAAGAAGACUUACCAAUAUAUAACCCCGAAGAAGACGAACAGGAGGAUGGUAAUAUCAACUCAUUCUAUGAAGAAUGUUCAAUCCAAUCUGAAACAGAAGAAGAAAAUACAGAGUGUGAACUAUAUGAAAUACCAGAAACAGAUAAAAUAAAUUCACCUGAAACAGGAAAUAAUAUCUUACCUGAGGUAGAAGAUAACACUAAAGAUCAAAUACAAAAAAGGAAAAGACAACAACCGAAAUGGAUGAAAGAUUAUGACACAAGCCUUUUUUGUCUAGGCGAACAGCCAAUAUCUUAUGAAGACGCAAUGGCUAGUCCUGAAAAAACAAAAUGGGCUGAGGCCAUAGAAAAGGAAAUGAUACAACUGGAAGAAAAUGAAACCUGGGAAGAGGUGAAAAAUAUACCUAAAGAGGAAGAUGUAAUUAGUAGCAAAUGGGUUUUUAAAAUAAAAGAAAUAGAUGGCAACAAAUUAUACAAGGCCAGGCUAGUGGCAAGAGGUUUUGAACAGAAGAACUGCGACAACAAUACAUAUACACCCGUAGCAACUUUAACAACUUUCAGAACUAUGAUGGCAGUAGCAGUACAAAAGAGGUUACCUGUAUUCCAGAUGGAUGUUGUAGGAGCCUUCCAACAUGGUGAAAUUAAAGAAAAGUACAAUAUGUAUAAAUGUAAAACAGUGUCUACACCACUAGAACAAAAUUUUAAUUUUGAAGUGUUAAAGAGAGAUAAACCAGAAAGCAAAGAAAUUGAAAUAUACGGCAAGAGCUUGGAAUCCGAUCUAAAAGGUGACACAUCAGGUCACUUCAAGCGUCUCUGCGUGUCAUUAUGUAUGGCCAACCGAGAUGAAAACUCUGGUGUGGAUGAAGGAGCAGCCAAAGCUGAUGCUGAGGCUCUGGCAGCAGCUGGGGAAGGACAGUGGGGAACAGAUGAAUCUGUAUUCAAUUCCAUCCUUAUCACACGCUCGUACCAACAGUUGAGACAGAUCUUCGCUGAAUUUGAGGCGUUAACUGGUAAAGAUAUUGAAGAAUCAAUUAAGAAGGAAUUCUCUGGAAGCGUUGAAAAGGGCAUGCUUGCUAUUGUAAAAUGCGUUAAGAGCAAAGUCGGAUUCUUCGCGGAACGCCUGUACUACUCGAUGAAGGGUUUGGGAACUAAUGACAAGACUUUAAUCAGAAUCGUAGUCAGCCGCUCUGAGAUUGAUCUUGGAGAUAUUAAACAAGCAUUCUUGGAGAAAUACGGCAAACCUCUAGAAGACUGGAUUGCUGAUGAUACGAAAGGAGACUACAAACGGGUGUUACUCACUCUUGUUUCU